AUGGCUUCCAUCUUCACUUACCAAAAUGAGCCUCCCCGAAUACAUUCUCCUUGGUCGACACCAGGAACUUCAACCCCUCAGCCACUUCACUCGCUUGACAAUCCUCCCAGUGGAGGACAUCAUGCCACACAUGGACUCAUGAAGCUAGAGCCAGAACGUCAAGAUGGUCCUACCGAGUAUAAGCUCCAUCUCCUCCUUCGUCCGAGGCGGAAAUUCCUCUCGGCAACGACGACGUGCCCCGUCGUUGGGUCAAAGCCAUUGACUCCCCCAGUUCAGGUCGCAGCUGGACCAAGUCGCUCCCCUGGUGGCUCUUUGAUAGAUCGCCCACCAUCGCAACCUUCUGCACAGGCUCGUCAGACUAGACUACAACAACUGACUACACAGCUGCUAUGGAGGCUCCAACAGUCUUCGCCAUUUCAUUCUUCGUCAAACGCAGAUUUGGUAUUACCGCUGCUUCCUGAAGCGACCCCGAAGUUGGGAGUUCCGGAACGUCCAGCAAAGCUCCUACCAGGUCUCGAAGAAAGCCAAGGCGCCCUCUACGAAAUCGGCGUGGCUGAUGAUGGUGUCCUGGCGGGCUUGGUCGAAGACGAGCUAAAAGAGAGCUUAAACAAUCUCAAGGCCAUGGCUGCAAGCCUCGGCUGCACUACAAAUAUACUGCGAAAAGUCCCGGUAGGAACGUGUGAGUGGGUAGAUAGUGACGGCGAAACCGGCCACGCGCAAACGCGCAAAGAUGCACUCUGGGUUGCUGAAGUGCUGGUGUACCCUGACUCGCGAGGCUCAGCCGACGCCGACAUCCCAAGAACAACACUCGAUAUCUCACCCGGUUCCUCCGGACCGGACGAUGUGUCGUCGGAUCUUGCCGACCACGCUUCGACCGACCAAAUUCGAGUGACCCUGGUGGGCGCGACCACUGCUGGAAAGUCUUCUCUCUUAGGGACCCUGUCAACAUCUACACUAGAUAAUGGACGAGGCAAGAGCCGGUUGUCGCUGCUCAAACAUCGACAUGAGAUUGCUUCAGGGGUCACAAGUUCUGUUGCGCACGAACUCGUCGGGUAUCGAGAGGAUCGUGGCCCUCCACGUACUGUGAUCAACUAUGCGUCAGGUAAUGUUUCCUCUUGGAUAGAUAUCCACAACCUAGGUCAACGUCUUGUCUUGCUCUCCGACUCCCCUGGUCUCCCCAAAUUUUCAAAGUCUGCUUUCCGAAGUCUCAUAUCAUGGAGACCUUCUUGGACCAUUCUAUGCGUUGCAGCAAAUGAAAGUGACGAGGCAACUGGCCGAACCGGCGCACUAGGUCAGCAGCUGUUUGCUAAUAGCGGAACCGGGGAGAGUGGGGACCUCUCACAUUCAUACUUGGAUUUAUGUCUGCGGUUACAAGUGCCGUUGAUAGUGGCCAUCACAAAAAUGGACAUCGCGACCAAGGCGGGACUGCGACUGGUACUUGCGAGAAUUCUUUCGGCUCUCAAGGCGGCUGGUCGGAAACCCGUCAUGCUCAGCAACAUGUCAGGCUCCCUGUCUACUUCAGAGCAAGGAGGUGCCCUCCCGGACCUACAAAUCAUCUCCGAAAGGGAUCAGGCGGAGGUUGAACGACUUAUUGGAUCAAUGCAAGGGGACAUUGGACAGAGCCCUGUCCCGAUUCUCAUGACUUCCGCUGUCACAGGACUCGGCAUAAGCAAACUGCACGCAUUGUUUCGAACCGUUCCCACCGCCUGUAAGCCCAGGCAAUCUCUCGAUCGUGGGUCCAUAAUGAGCUCAUCGCUUUUCCAUGUCGAUGAAGUCUUCAGCAUCCCUCCAUCGCGUGUGUAUACCUUGGAUGCCGAAACUCAAAUCGCCAGACAGGGCAUUGUGCUUUGUGGACACCUCUCCUAUGGCCUGUUGUCGGUUGGCGACAUCAUGCUCCUGGGGCCUUUCAAUUUGGACACUGACGGCUUUUCUACCCACGUCUCUCAGUCCGCUGUGAGAGCGAAUUCCUACGCUGCGGCUGAGUCAUCUUAUGCAGAGAGGCUCUCGAGUGUUCUCGCGCGUUCUUAUCAGGGAGAUAUGCCACAGCACCCGACUCGAAGAUAUCUGCCAUCGGCGGCAUUUCUCCAAGUCCGCGUCGUGUCUCUUCGGACUUUACGACUUCCAGUGAUGCGCAUGCACCAUGGGGAAACAGGCACCAUUGGUGUUGAGCCCCUGGACGGCGAACACACCAGCGUCGGGCUCGGUCGGGCUCGCAAAGGUAUGGUACUUACUGACGUCAACCAAACUCUCGUGGGGUGUCGUUCGUUUUCUGCGAGGUUUCCUACCUCGGACUUUGCACAGUCAACUUCACCGGUGUUGAUACUCGGAGGCCAUGCAAUCGUUUACAUCAACAGUGUGCGGGCUGCUGUCAAAGUGACGGCGGUGGCACUCGACGAGGAUGACCAGCAUUUCAGGAGAUAUCCGUCUGCAGCACCGCCCCGAGACGACGCGGAGCUUUUCCCUUUGGACAUUAAUGAUGAUGAUGAUGAUGACAAUGGCGAGGGGUUUGGAGAAGACGACGGCGAGAGCAGCAAGCCCCACAAAGAAAGAAGGGAAAUCAGAGUGUCCUUUCGUUUUGGCAGUACGAUUGAGUGGAUAGAGGUGGGCGAUCAGGUCCUUGUGGUCCCGACCAUGACGGCGACUGGGCCAGUGACCGGCCCAGCCCCGAUUGCUAAUACAGGCGGCGGCCUGUCUGGAUUUGUGGGAACCGUGUGCGAGGUGUUUAGUUGA